AACCAAAACCAAAACCAAAACCAAAACCAAACAAGACCAAUAUGAUUUGAUUUGCCCUCUUUCUAGUUACUUCUCGUCAAGGUUGGGUAAUUCUAAUUUCUAAGUUUCCAACUCCUAACAUUCACCAAACCUCUGUUAGAGUUUGUUUCUGCGGGAGAAAAAUCCACAAGAACAACACAAGGGUAAGCCUUCAACGUAAGAAGAGAGAGAAAAGAGUAGAAGGAAAUCAUUAGUCGUUGCUCGAAGUUGAAGAUGAACGGCGGACCAUCUGGAUUCAAUAAUGCCCCUUUAACUAGAGCUAUAAUUAUUGCUUCUGCCCUUUUUACCGUUUUCUUUGGACUUCAAGGUCGUUCUAACAAGCUUGGAUUUUCAUAUCUGGAUGUUUUCCAAAAGCCUCAGCUAUGGAAGUUCAUUGUGUCAACCUAUGCAUUUACAUCGACACCAGAAAUGAUGUUUGGACUCUAUCUUCUGUACUAUUUCCGGGUAUUUGAAAGACAAAUAGGAUCAAAUAAGUACUCGGUGUUCACUUUAUUUUCUUUGACAGUUUCAUUCUUCCUAGGCAGUGUUAUGUUAGCCCUGCUUAAAGAUCCCAGCGCCUUGAUCACAGCUGGACCGUAUGGCUUAAUCUUUUCUUCGUUUGUACCGUUCUUUUUUGAUAUUCCUGUGUCAACACGAUUCCGUGUAUUUGGUUUUCACUUCUCUGACAAGUCUUUCAUAUACCUAGCUGGUCUUCAGCUGUUUCUAUCAUCUUGGAAAAGAUCCAUUUUGCCCGGGAUAUGUGGCAUCAUCGCUGGCUCCUUGUACCGCAUGAACAUCUUUUACAUCCGCAGAGCGAAGUUGCCUGAAUUUAUUGCCUCAUUGUUUUCACGGUUAUCUUGGCCAUCUACGGGGAGCCCACCAUCUGCAACUGGGAUCAGGAGUGUACCGAAUACUUCAGCUCCUUAUGCAGGGCGACAAGUGGAGAGAAACUACCCGGCUCCGCUAGUUAAUUCUGUGGAACCAACAGAAGACUCUAUUCAAAUGCUAGUAUCUAUGGGAUUUGACCAGGAUUCUGCCAGACAAGCGCUUGUACAAGCUAGAAACGAUGUCAAUGUUGCCACAAAUAUCCUUCUCGAAGCACAAUCCCAUUGAAUUAGUUGAGUUGUGCUUAUUUUGGAAUCUGAAGGUGCAGUUUCUAUGGUAUAUCGGCUCUUGCUCGUUGCUAAAGUAGCCGAAGUUCCAUAAACAUCAAAAAAGAGAAAUGCAAACGUUGCCCGCUUCGCUUCCGUGAUUUAUGGGUUUCCUUGUAACAAACCUAGAAAUCUUUGACAUAUAAUUCUUCUUUGUUUCCCAUUUUCCCUUGAAUGGGAGACUUUCAGUUAGUAACAAUGCAUAUAAGCUGACAAACUUUUUGACUUUAGAAGUCUGUGCAAUUUACUUGCAGCAUGUUAGGAGAUAACUCCCGUGUAAAUUUUUCGUUCCAGGAACGUAGCAAUGUAAUCUACAUAUUUUUAUCUGCCUUUCACUCUCUUCUUAUAUAAUGACAUUCAUGAGCUUCGUUAACUCAUAGUAAUGCUUUUGCUCUUUUUUGUAAUGGAACUAUUCAAAUAAGCAAGUAUGAGCUUUUGUGAA